AUGUCUCUGUUAUGGAUCACAGUCCUUAUUCUUCAUCAAGGAUAUGCCUUAGUUCCUGUGGUCACUGUUCAGCUUGGUGAACCUGUAACUUUUACCUGUGCAAAUAAGGAGUCCACAGCAUGGCUUUACUGGUACAAGCAAACUUCUGGAGAUAAUCUGAAAAUGAUUGUAAAGCAGAGAAAAACCAUAGAUCCCCAUUAUAGCCCAGAAUUUCCUUCUUCAAGAUUCAAAGUUACAAAUGAUGAUAAAAUAAGCAACCUCACAAUUCUGAGGACAGUUGGACAAGACGAGGGAAUGUAUCACUGUGCUCUUUUAGACUAUAAAGAGUUUACUUGGAUGGGGACGUAUUUGAUGGUAAAAGGAAACUCAAAGAAGACAUCCAGCUACACUGUUGUUCAGCAGUCAACAGCCUCAGAGUCGUCGCGUCCAGAGGACUCAGAGACUCUGCAGUGUUCAGUUCUCUCUGAGUCAGAGAACAAUUCAUGUUCAGAAGAUCUCAGCAUGUUCUGGUUCAAAGUUGGAUCCAACAGAUCCUAUCCAAAUAUCAUCUACACUGAUAGUAAAAGAGCUGAUAACUGUGAGAAAAGUCCAAACGCCCGAAAAAAAUGUAUCUAUAACUUCCCCAAGAACAUCAGCUCCUCUGAUCCUGGGACUUACUACUGUGCUGUGGCUACAUGUGGAGAAAUCUUAUUAGGAAAUGUAAUCAGAAAGGAUGGAGGUCAAACAUUAUGUUACAAAAAUACGAUUGUGCUGAUCACAUUAAUCAUUUUCGCCGUUUCUGUUAUCGUACAUAUCAUUUUGAUCUUUUAUCGAACUCAAGUCUUGCCAUGUCAAAUAGUUAAAGGGGAUCAGAUCCAGAACUGGUCAAACAGGGUUUUCUGUGAUGUGGUUCAGGCUAAGCAGCUGAGGGAGGGAACCAGGAGCGUUCAGAGGCUCACGGCAGGCAGAGGACUGAGGUUUGGUUCUUCAGGGUUGGGUUCAGAGGCUGACGGCAGGCUGAGGGCUGAGCAACGGCAGGACUCGACUUCAGACUUAUCAGUGUUUCUGAUCCAGAGUUUCUUCCAAUCCACUUCUUGA